AUGACCUGUCCAGACAAGCCAGGACAACUCAUAAACUGGUUCAUCUGCACCCUAUGCGUCCCAACGGUGCGUAAACUCUGGAGUAGUAGGCGUCCAAGGACCCGAAGGAACCUUCUGUUGGGCACUGCCUGUGCCAUCUACCUGGGCUUCCUGGUGAGCCAGGUGGGUCGCAACUCCCCCCAGCAGAGGCGGGCACCAGAGAAGCGUCAGCACCAGAGCCGCAACGCCGCUGAGGCACCUUUCCCAGAGAUACCCCUGGAUGGUACCCUUGCUCCUCCUGAAUCCCAGGGUAAUGUGACCACCCUGCAGCCCAAUGUCGUGUACAUUACCCUACGCUCUAAGCGCAGUAAGCCCGCCAACAUCCGUGGCACAGUAAAGCCAAAACGCAGAAAAAAGUAUGCAGUGGCAUCUCCGGCUCUGGGACAAGAAGCUUUGGCAGGACCAUCCUUUCAGCCAGAGGAAGCUGCAAGGAUGGCAGGUGUUAAAGUUCCUGGAUAUGCCCGGGAAGGAAACCUGGUCAAAGUUGGGGAGCAAUCCUGGAGGUUGGUGCGGGGUCCAGGAGUGAAAGCUGGGGGCCCGGACUUCCAGCUGCCCAAGACCAGGGAGAGCAAUAUCAGAAUCUACAGUGAGAGCGCCCCCUCAUGGCUGAGCAAAGAAGACAUCUAUAGAAUGCGCCUGUUGGCGGACAGCUCAGUGGCAGGCCUCCAGUCCAUAACCUCUAAGAGCAAUGCACGUUUGCUGGUAUUGGAGAAGAGUGCAGCAGACUCUGUGCCCCAUUGUGGCUCUAGUCCUUGUGGGCUGCUCAAACAGCCCUUAGACAUGAGUGAGGUGUUUGCGUUCCACCUGGAUAGGAUCCUGGGGCUCAACAGGACCCUGCCAUCAGUGAGCAGGAAAUCAGAGUUCAUUCAAGAUGGCCGCCCAUGUCCUAUCAUUUUCUGGGACUCAUCUUUAUCUCCAACAAGUAAUGAGACCCACUCUUCUGUGAAGCUCACCUGGGGAACUUAUCAGUUGUUGCUAAAACAGAAGUGCUGGCAAAAUGGCCGUGUACCCAAACCUGAAUGGGGUUGUACCGAAAUACAUCACCAUGAGUGGUCCAAGAUGGCUCUCUUUGAUUUUUUGUUACAGAUUUACAAUCGCUUAGAUACAAAUUGUUGUGGAUUCAGACCGCGCAAAGAAGAUGUCUGUGUACAUAAUGGACUGAAGCCAAAAUGUGAUGAUCAAGAUUCGGUGGCUUUAGCACAUAUUAUCCAGCGAAAGUAUGACCUGAGGCACUUGGUCUUUCUAGACAAUAAAGGUUUCUUUGACAGAAGUGAAGAUAACUUAAACUUCAAAUUAUUAGAAGGCAUCAAAGAGUUUCCUGAAUCUGCAGUUUCUAUUUUGAAGAGCCAGCGCUUACGGCAGAAACUCCUUCAAUCUCUGUUUCUUGAUAAAGUUUAUUGGGAAAGCCAAGGAGGUAGACAAGGAAUUGAAAAACUUAUCGAUGUAAUAGAACAGAGAGCCAAAAUUCUUCUGACCUAUAUCAAUGCACAUGGAGCCAAAGUAUUACCUAUGAAUGAAUAACACUCUGGCUAGACAGCUAGAGAUAUUUAUGUAUUUUAGUUUUAAAAAUCAAGUACACCAACCUCAAAUCCUUUUUGGAAAUAUGUUGUAGAUGAACACAUAAAAAUAAUUUAAUUUAACCCAGUAUAUA